AUGCGCGUGGAGAGGACAGCGAUGGGAGGACGGUGGUGGGGGGAUGACGAGGAAAGGAUGGUGAUGGGGGCGGGGGAGGGGGACGGGGGGGGGGGGGAGGCACCGGACCACGGGAACCCGGUCCUGAGGCCACGCCCACAAGAACCAGGUCCUGAGGCCACACCUCCACAGGACCACCUCCAUAUGACCACCUCCACAGGACCACCUCCAUAUGACCACCUCCACAGGACCACCUCCACAGGACCACCUCCAAAGGGCCACCUCCACAGGACCACCUCCACAGGACACCUCCAUAUGACCACCUCCACAGGACCACCUCCACAGGACCACGUCCACAGGACCACCUCCACAGGACCACCUCCACAGGACCACCUCCACAGGGCCACCUCCACAGGACCACCUCCAUAUGACCACCUCCACAGGACCACCUCCACAGGACCACCUCCACAGGACCACCUCCAUAUGACCACCUCCACAGGACCACCUCCACAGGACCACCUCCACAGGACCACCUCCACAGGACCACCUCCAUAUGACCACCUCCACAUGACCACCUCCACAGGACCACCUCCACAGGACCACCUCCACAGGACCACCUUAACAGUAAACUUAAACAGUUUGCAGCAGUUCCACUCAGUGUUUGGACGCUGCAGCUGCAGAGUUCUGCGAAGCGAGGCAAUGUCAGGGGGAGGAUGGGGUCUGUGA